UGAUGUUCUGCAGAUUGUCAAAGAUCAGCUGUGAAAUUCUGGGUUUGGUUCUGAAGAACAACCCGUCCAGACUGACAGAACUGGACCUGAGCGGGAACAACAUCCAGGAUUCCGGAUUUCUUCAUCUGCGUGGUUUUCUGGAGAGUCCAGACUGCAGACUGCAGACUCUGAGGUUGGAAUACUGCUGGUUGUCAAAGAUCAGCUGUGCUGCUCUGGUCUCAACUCUCAAUUUAAACCCGUCCCACCUUAAAGAACUGGACCUGAGAAACAACAACCUUCAGUCUUCAGAUGUUCAGCAGCUCCAGGAUCUGGUGGAGAGUCCAAACUUCAAACUGAAGACUCUGAGGUGGGAGGGAGAGAGCUG